AUGAAACAAAGACCAGCGGAUUCAUGGCGACCAAGAUCAGCGGUGCUCUCCGUUUUGUUCUGGCUUUAUGUCGGAGCAGCGUCGGCUCAGUUGAAGUACACGAUCUCCGAGGAGCUCAAAGAGGGAAGUUUGGUUGGACAUUUAGCAAAGGAUUUAGGAAUAGAUGUGAAUGUGAUGAAGCAGCGGGGCUUUCGGAUCAUGCCCAGCUCAACCGAAUCUCUUUUCAAGGUAAACGAGAACGACGGAAUCCUUUAUACUAACCAGCAGAUAGACAGAGAGGAGGUGUGUAAGGAUAACAAUGCUUGCUUGAUUAGUCUCAAAGCGGUGCUUGAAACCCCGCUAGAAAUACAUUAUGUAACGGUGGAGAUCACAGAUAUAAACGAUCACUCUCCCGCAUUCCCCGAAAAAACUAAGAAAAUAGAGAUAUCCGAGUCUGCGCUGCCGGGGACACAGUAUCAGCUGCAGAAUGCGUUUGAUCCGGAUGGUGGCACAAACUCCAUUCAGCAGUACACGAUCAGUCAAAAUGAUCAUUUUAGAUUAGAAACUAAAGAUCGCGGCAGAGAUGGUAAAAGCCCAGUUUUACAGCUGCAAAGGCAGCUCGACAGAGAGGCCAAAAGUCGACAUAAACUGGUGCUGAAGGCCAUAGAUGGCGGGAAUCUGCCUAAAACAGGCACAGUUGAAAUUCAUAUUGAUGUUCUGGAUGUUAAUGACAACAUGCCAGUGUUCACAAAAGACACAUAUUCAGCUGUGCUGCAAGAAAAUUCUCCAAUUGGAACCACGAUAAUUCAAGUUAAUGCUACAGAUUUGGAUGCUGGAUCCAAUGGAGAGGUAGUUUAUUCAUUUGGUAGUGAUGUCAGAUAUGCAAUUCUUGAGAUGUUUGAUGUCAAUUCUGAAACUGGGGAAAUAAGCGUAAAAGGUCAUAUUGAUUUUGAGAAACAAGACAGUUAUAUAAUUGACAUAGAAGCCUCUGACAAAGGAAUCAUUCCAUUCAGAACAUUAAAAAAUGUAUUAAUUCAAAUUAAAGACACAAAUGACAACCCACCUGAGAUAGAAGUGGCCUCCCUUUCAGGGACAGUUUCAGAAGACUCAAGGCCUGGAACAACAGUAGCACUGAUAAGCAUCACAGAUUUAGACUCGGGCCUCAAUGGUAAAAUAAUAAGCUAUGUUGCUGAGGACAGUCCUUUUUCUUUGAGUCCAUCAGUGCAGGAUAACAUGUUUGCACUGGUCACCAAGUCUCAUCUGGACAGAGAGAAACAAUCAAAAUAUGAUCUCACCAUCAUAGCAAAGGAUGCAGGUGAUCCAGCGCUAACUUCUGAAAAGACAAUUAAUGUGUACGUAUCGGACUCAAAUGAUAACAGUCCUGAAUUUACGGAGUCCCCCUAUAAUUUCUAUAUGACAGAAAAUAACCAACCAGGAGCUUCUGUGUUUUCUGUGCGAGCAUAUGACCGUGAUGAUGGAGACAAUGCACUGAUUUCAUAUCACAUUCACAGAAAUGCAGGUAGUGAACAGAAAGUGAUAUCAUUUCUAAACAUAAACUCAGAAACUGGAGACAUUGUGGCGCUGAAAAGUUUCGACUUUGAAACUGGGAAAACGUUCCAGUUCCAAGUUGUGGCCUCAGACUCUGGAAGUCCGUCCCUGAGCAGCAACGUGACAGUGAACGUGUUCAUUCUGGAUCAGAACGACAACGCUCCAGUCAUCCUGUAUCCAGUCAGCUCCAACGGUUCUGCUGAAGGUGUGGAGGAGGUUCCCCGCAACGUGAACGCAGGACACUUGGUGACUAAAGUCAGAGCCUAUGAUGCUGAUAUAGGAUAUAAUGGCUGGCUGCUGUUCUCACUGCAGGAAGUGACUGACCACAGUCUGUUUGGUUUGGACCGCUACACAGGACAGAUCAGAACACUUCGCUCAUUCACAGAGACAGACGAGGCUGAGCAUAAACUGCUCAUCCUGGUCAAAGACAAUGGCAACGUUUCACUGUCAGCAACAGCUACUGUCAUUGUCAAAGUGGUGGAGCCCAAAGAGGCUUUUGCAGCUUCUGAUGUGAAGAGUUCAGCCAAAGAUGAUGAGGAGACUGAUGUGACUUUUUACCUGAUGAUCACUUUGGGCUCAGUGUCGGUUCUGUUCCUCAUCAGCAUCAUCGUGCUGAUUGCAAUGCAGUGCUCCAAGUCCACAGAAUAUACUUCUAAAUAUCUCCAAGAGGCUAAUUAUGAUGGGACACUGUGUCACAGCAUCCAGUACAGAUCUGGAGACAAACGCUACAUGUUAGUAGGACCCAGGAUGAGUGUAGGAUCUACUAUAGUACCUGGAAGUCACGCAAACACUCUGGUGCUGCCUGACAGGAGGAACACUUCUGAUGAGGUAAGAUAA